GAGAGAGAGAGAGAGAGAGAGGCGGGGACAGAGCGCAGUACCGAGGAGGACAGUUGUCUCUCCCACUCUUUCAUACUAACAUCAGAUACUAUGCUUAUUGCUUCGAGUGACUGGCACUAGAACACAAGGGCAGCUCAAAUCCGCACAACCCCAUGAGUUUGGUUUGGCCUGCCAGUGAGUAGGAUCUCUGUGUGGAUCAAGAGUUGAAGAAGGACCACCUGAGACCAGUGGUGAGCUCGUCGCACCACCCUCAGCUCUACGCAGCAUCUCCCCCUCCCUCUUCCUCAGCCUAUUCCCACCAUCCUCUGCUUCACCUUUUCCUCCUAAUUCUUGUGGGAACCACACGCCGCCAUGUCUCUCUUGGCCUCUCCCGCCCCCUUCCUCCUCCUCGUCUUCCUCUUCCUCCUCCCACUGCCUCCCGGCCAGACGGAGUCCCAGCGCAGCGACCCCAGCAGCUACCCCAGCAGCGACCCCGAGUCCCGGUCGGUCUCGCCCUCCAUGUUCCCCUCCUCCUUCCCGCCUUCCAUGUCUUACAGUAACAGCACCACGCCUGGCAAGAAAGACAAGUGUGGGGAAGUGUCGGUGUGCAGGCCCGGCAUCCUGCUGCCCAUCUGGCAGCCCAACCGGCCCAGGGUCGGCGAGCAGGUGGCCAGAGCUGUGGUCUACUUUGCGUGCCUCAUGUACAUGUUCCUGGGCGUGUCCAUCAUCGCAGACCGCUUCAUGGCGUCCAUAGAGGUCAUCACGUCACAGGAGAAGGAAGUGACCAUCACCAUGCCUAACGGCGAAACAUCAGUGGCAACGGUUCGAAUCUGGAACGAAACAGUGUCCAAUCUGACACUCAUGGCUCUCGGCUCCAGCGCUCCGGAGAUACUGCUGUCUGUUAUAGAGGUGUGCGGUCACGACUUCAAGGCUGGUGAGUUGGGACCAGGAACAAUUGUUGGCAGCGCCGCCUUCAACAUGUUUGUGAUCUUGGGGAUCUGCGUGUGGACGGUCCCCGAAGGCCAGACCCGCAAGAUCAAACACCUCAGGGUGUUCUUCAUCACUGCCUUCUGGAGCAUCUUCGCCUACAUCUGGCUCUACCUCAUCCUGUCUGUCAUGUCGCCAGGCGUCGUGGAGGUGUGGGAGGCCCUGGUGACCCUGCUGUAUUUCCCAGUGUGUGUCAUCCUGGCUUGGGUCGCAGAUCGCCGCCUCCUCUUCUACAAGUACAUGGGCAAACGCUACCGUGCCGACAAGCGCCACGGCAUUGUCGUGGAGACCGAGGGAGACUUGACACCCAACAAGGGCGGCAUGGAGAUGAUCAUAGACGGCAAGUUCCCACCUCGAGGGGGUGCCGUGGUCCCCGCCGAGAACUGUGGAGGCGGAGCUCAGGACUUCAAAGCAGGCGCUGCGGACAAUAACGUCGGUGCCGGGGGCAAUCUGCCCAACUCCAACAGCACGAUGGUCAAUGUGGAGAGCAACAAGGAGCUGGACGAGAGCCGCAAAGAGGUGAUUCGUAUCCUGAAGGAGCUGAAGCAUAAAUAUCCUGACAAAGAGCUGGACCAGCUGGUGGAGCUGGCCAACUACUACGCACUGCUGCACCAACAGAAGAGCAGAGCCUUCUACCGCAUACAGGCAACUCGUAUGAUGAUCGGAGCUGGAAACGUCCUGAAGAAGCACGCAGCCGACAACGCUCGGCGCACAGCUGUAACCGACGAGGAAGCACCAGAAGAAGGAGACGACGUGGGGAUAUGUAGCCGCAUCUCCUUUGAAAGCGCCCACAGUCAGUGCAUGGAGAACUGCGGCAUUCUGAGGCUGGCUGUAGUCUGCCACGGGGGUCUGGGAGAGAACACCUUCUAUGUGGACUACAAGACAGAGGACGGUUCAGCCAACGCUGGCUCGGAUUAUGAUUACAGCGAAGGAACGCUGGUGUUCAAACCUGGAGAGACUCGCAGAGAGAUAAAGGUCGGUAUAAUCGACGACGACAUAUUCGAAGAAGACGAGCACUUCUUUGUACGCCUGCUGAAUCUGCGCGUUGGCGACGCAGAAGGAAUGUUCGAGAGCGAUGAAGUGGGUGCCACCCCCAAAGGUCGCUUGGUUGAGCCCCUGGUCGCUACGGUGACCAUCCUGGAUGACGACCAUGCUGGCAUCUUCACGUUCAGCGAGCGCAUGGUGCGAGUGAAUGAGAGCGUGGGCACCAUGGAGGUGUCCGUGGUGCGCAACUCAGGUGCCCGAGGCACCGUCAUCCUGCCGUACAGCACCGAGUCAGGCACUGCCAAGGCUGGGGAGGACUACGAGGACGCCCGAGGAGAGCUGGAGUUCACCAACGACCAGACCACUCAGACUUUCCAGGUGAGGAUAAUUGAUGAUGAAGAGUAUGAAAAGCACGAAAACUUCUUCAUUGUGUUGGAGGAGCCACGCUGGCUUAAGAGAGGAAUCUCAGCGCUGCUGCUCAGCCAAGAGGGGGCGGAGGGCCAGAUGAGUGCUGAGGAGGAGGAGGCCCGGAGGAUAGCUGAGAUGGGGAAGCCCAUCCUGGGAGAGCACAGCCGCCUGGAGGUGGUCAUCGAGGAGUCGUACGAGUUCAAGAGCACCGUGGACAAGCUCAUUAAGAAGACCAACUUGGCGCUGGUGAUCGGCACACACUCCUGGAGGGAGCAGUUUGUGGAGGCAGUCACUGUCAGCGCAGGUGACGGCGAUGAUGAAGAGGAGGGUCGUGAAGAGCGCCUUCCAUCUUGUUACGACUACGUCAUGCAUUUCGUCACCGUCUUCUGGAAGGUUCUGUUCGCCUGCGUCCCGCCCACAGAGUACUGGAACGGCUGGGCCUGCUUCUUGGUCUCCAUCAGCGUCAUCGGCCUCCUCACCGCCUUCAUCGGAGAUUUGGCAUCACACUUCGGCUGCACCGUCGGGCUCCGGGACACCGUGACCGCUGUGGUGUUUGUGGCAUUGGGAACUUCUAUUCCAGACACCUUUGCGAGCAAAGCGGCCGCCAUACAGGACCAGCAUGCUGAUGCGUCCGUUGGUAACGUCACUGGUAGCAAUGCUGUCAACGUGUUCCUGGGGAUUGGCGUGGCGUGGUCGGUGGCCGCCAUCUACUGGAGAAUCAAGGGGAAGGAGUUCAAGGUGGACCCCGGCUCGCUGGCCUUCUCCGUCACACUCUUUACCAUCUUCGCUUUCAUCUGCAUGGGUGUGCUUCUGUUCAGACGCCGGCCCUCCAUUGGCGGAGAGCUCGGCGGCCCAAGGGGCGCCCGUCUGGUGACCAGCCUGCUGUUCCUGGGCCUGUGGUUCCUCUACAUCCUCUUCUCCAGCCUGGAGGCCUACUGCCACAUCAACGGCUUUUAAAAAGGAGAUGGAGAACGUUCUGAAAGAAUAUUUCACAGCAACACACACAUAUACUUUAACACUCAGAGCAUACCGUACACAGUUCCACAUGAAACAAGUGUAAGAUUCAUCCGCUAACUGCAGCCUGGAAGUGUCCUGGUCUUUAAUGCAGGGAUACUAAAACACUUCAGAUACAUGUUCACACACACACACACACACUAUAUGUACGCAUGUGUAAACAGAUCAUAGCAAACACAAGCACUCACAGUUACAGGCAUGAUGAAGGGCGAGAGGAAGUGUUAGUGAGGGGUGAGAAAUGUGAGCACAAAAGGUUACUGCAGCAACGUUAGCAGAGAGAAGACGGAGAGAGAAAGAGAGUUAUUGUGAAGUUGAGAUUUUAGAGGUGAAGAAAGGUCAGGUCAGCCUCUGGAGAGCGGUCUCAUUAUGUUAGUUUUAAAGCCAGGUGGGUUUCGGUUGGGUUGGAGGAGUUCAGAGCGCUGAUAGAGAAGAGGAACAGAAACCUGUGCACACCGGACUUUGAUUAUCUGAGUUGCAUUGAAGAAACAACACAUUUGUUUCCUCCAACAAAACCUGUCCCUCCCGCCUGUCCUCCGUAUCACCAUCUUUACUGGUACAGCUUCACGUUUCUUCACUGAGGAGGUGGAGCACUGUGUGAAAAAAGGAGUGGAAUGUUUACAAUAACAAUAUCAUUAGGUUUGUUUACUACUGGAGGUUCUUAUAAAGUGGUGAUGCUUGUCUAAUACACUGUGUAGAUGAAGGCGGUUGUAAAUAGUCAAAACCAGUGUACUGUACAUAUAGAGUGUUGUGUUUUCAGUAGGCAGACAAUGCCUACCACUGACCAAGUUAGACGUGGUUGAGAUACUACUAUUAGCUACUAAUCUGUAUAGAAAGUCAAAUUACAGCGAAAAGAAAAGGAAAGACCACAGUCAAGUCUCUGAUUCAACACUUUUCAAAUCCAUGCACAGACUGGAACACCACAGAUCCCAAACAUUACAACUAUUAGAGACUAAAGUCUUAGCUGCCCAAACUAAUCAAAGUUUAUGAAUAGCCAUACCUCCCCUGCAUCCUGCGUUCCAGUCAGAUGUGUUUCUCAGAGGUUUGUAUAUCAAACUGACGGAUUAUUUACAUGUGGAGCCAGACACGGAACAUCUUCACACAAUAAGUCACAAAAAUAGAGUGAAUCCACCUGUCAAUUAAAUCCCUGCAUUUGUGUGUCAACUGGUUUGUGAUGUUAGAGGGGACAUAUUAUGCUCAUUUCCAGGUUCAUACUUGUAUUUUGUGAUUCUAAUAGAACAUGUUUACAUGCUUUCAUUUCCCAAAAACACUGUCAGUCUGAAUAUACCUGUAUUCUCCCUCUGCUCCGUUUUAGCGCCUGUCUCUUUAAGCCCCCCUCCCAAAAAAGCCCAGUCUACUCUAAUUGGCUUGUAAGAAAAUGAUGGUGCACUUUUCAAAGGUAGUUCUCAAACUGUGGGUGGAGAUACUUAUAUGGGGGGGUGUAUUCCAAUUAGCCUGCAUGUGACAUAGCGAGCCAAAUCUGAAUGGCUUUUUGAAUCUGGGGCAGCCCACAAAAACUGACUGGGUUGUCUUAUUUCACAGUUUGUGGGUAAAGCACUCCAGACACCCAGAUGUAUGUGCACAAGCACUGACCAAAUGAGUUUUUCAUAAUAUGUCUCCUUUAAAUCUUACUGUAUAAAGCUGUAUGUGUAGGCAGGCAGGAGAGAGGAGAGGCGUUUGGUCUGAGAGGAACAAAAAGGACAUUUUAAUCCUCAGAGGGACCAAACAUGUGCUCACACACACACACACACUCACACACAAAACACAGUUUGGAGUAAAAUUAAAAUCCAUCCAGAUGGACUGAGAUCUGAGUGCAGACACUGAACUCCAGUCAGUCAUCACUGCGGGUAGUGACAGCCUAAUCCAUUACUGUGGCAUGAUCCUUUACAUUUAGAUAUACAUGUCAGACAGACAUGCAUGGGUUGUCGAACAUGACUUAACAGUGUUAGUUUACUUUAAAGAGUAAUCUUUAAUCUUUGCAUCUGUGCCUCUAAAGCCAGUAAAUUACAAUUAAGUUGUUUAAAACUGAAAAAACUGAUUCAAAUCAUCAACAUUCAGUCUACGACUCAAGAUCGUAAUCUACACUUUAAUUAGGAAGCAGAAUGCCGGAUUACACCACACUGAUGCUUUAAAAUGGCCCCCAUACAAUGCCUUAAGGAACACUCUCAAGUGAAAAUCUAGUAUUCAAGCUUUCAGCUGUACAAAGCUGCACUUUAUCUGAUGUAACUAAAACAUACUGUAUUUUUACUUUUAACAAUUAGUGUACAAUACAUGAAUGGAGGAAAACUAUGAACUGUCUGAAGUGGUUCAGCUGACGACUGCUGCACUGGAUCCAGGUGAAACCACCACAUCAGGUUUCUUGUCUUGUGCGAAGGGAUUGUUGUAAUGUGUCCCUGCAUCUGUGCUUGGAGCACAAUACCAGUACCAGACAUGCUAAGAAUAACUUUCUAAUUCAAUGGAAAGUCUGCACACUGUUUAAAAUAACUAACUAACAAACUAAGGUCUAACAUCUAACGCGCUCCAGACUUUGUUUACAGUCUGUCAGUCAGCAGCAGACGAUCGCUUUUUCAAACCACGCUGUCUAAUCCGAAAGAGGAAAUCUGUACAGGACAGCAGUGUCCUUGUGAGUUUGAAUCAAAGACCGUUUCUGUAGUCAUAAUAUCAUAGCAUGGGCCGUUUUCAGUGGGAAAAGCAUUAGAAAACACUGCCCUUCAAGGCAUGUAUGUGUUGCUCAGUAUUGCAUGUUUACAAGCUACUGAAUCUACUGGCUGCUAAACAGACGGUAAAAUCAACUAGAGAAGUUCAGAACAGUGAAAACUGCUGUGGCAUCUCCGCACCGACAUGUCAGGGUUAUUACUUUCAACAUUGAGAUAUAAACUGAGAUGUCGGUGCAUGGAUCAGAAAUGUCAUAGCAAAUGUAGUGAGCAGUGUGCAACAUCAUGGUAAGAUAAUAACGUAGUUAACUAUCAUCUUAGACUAGAAGCAUCAAGAGUCCUGCAUCGACACGAGGACGAGUUGAUUCAUCAUGUGGACACAUCGCAGUCAACGUUAUAAUUACUGUAAUAUUCACUGCUUAAUGUCAGUCACGUUAAAUACAUUGCACUUUGUGCUGCAGGUGCAUUACAAACGUUUCACCCACAAAUGAUAAGUGCUUUGUUGAUCUGUAAUUACACACGAUAAUAUCAAAAAGAUUGGAUUCGUUAACCCUUAACUAACUAUACUUUCUAAACUUUCUAAAACAGAUUUUGUAUCUUUUCCUUGCAGAUAUAGCCGAGGUAGAUUCUUUUGUACUACUAAACAAUGUUUAGAAUAGUAUCAAUAUAUAUACGAUUGGUAGUGUAGAUUAUGUCGUUACUGAAUUUAGUGGAUUAGAGUUUGAUAUAUUUUCCACAGCGAGGAGGAUUCCCUUUGAACUGCUCAAACAGUGUAGUGUAUCAUAACCAAACAUAAUCCCACCUAAUUUAUUCAAGUACAUUUGUGUCUAUGUUACUUAUGUAUAAGAUUAUUUAUUUAGAUAUUUAUUUAUUUACAAGAAGAUUAUUUAUCUAUGGAUAAACUGUGCCGCAGUUCCUUGAGGCGGACAGUUUGGAGUUUAGUUCAAGGAGUGUGGUUUCAAUGUGCAAUACAGAAAACAGUUAAAACAUCUUAUUUUGUCAGCAGCUUUGACGAGAGCUCAGCUCUUUCACACAUCCUUUUCUGCUCUGGUGUUUGUUGUAACUCUCCGCCAACAUACAUUUCUUCAUUCAGUUCUCUCAGAGUAGGAGUUUUGAGUGUGAGUAGCAUGUUUACAUGAAGAAACAGUUUGGAACAUUGCCUGUAUAAUUGUCAGUCUCGGGGCGUCAUGAGCUAAAGAAGAACUUUUUGUUGAUAUUAACGGUGGCUGUGGGGCAGCUCAGUGGUGUGUGAGGUUGAAACAGUAGCCUAGCUGUAGUCUACUCACUAAACAUACACACACACACACACACACAGGUCUGCUGAACUUUCGUGUAAAGAAUGAUCAGCACCAGUGGGUACAGAAGGCUUCAGAUUACGUACCCAGCGUUGUCCCAGCAGGUGUGGCUCAGCACCAAAUACAGAACUGUCUUCAACGUCCGGACAAUGUUCCAUGUUUCCAUGAACUUCUGUACUAACUGUCUGGCUUCGGCCUUUGCUGUUCUGUAGCUAGAUGUGAUGCCUCCCCCAUCCAGCCUCUCCUCCUCACCCACCCCUCCCCAAUGUGCGUCUGUGUUUGCUUCCCCUCCAUGUUCCUCUGCAGAUGCAUGUUGAAUCCCUGUGUUCGUGUGAUAGCAGCAUGGUCUACUGUGAUGGACGCCGAUAGGCAUAUUUUACCCAUGGGGUAAUUCCCCACAGUUUCGAAUCCCAAACACCAGAGGCUCAUUGUGAAAUAAAAGUGGCACACACAGACACAACUCCAUACAGAUUUACUGAAGAGAAACACACACACAGACGGCAUUUAUGGAUUCAGUGUCUACUCCUUACUUGUUUUGUUACCUUUUAAAAGCUGUGAAAAGAGAGUUCUGUUGUGUCAAAGCUACGUCUGCAACCAGCAACAUCCCAGGUCUUCUUUUUGUUUGUUGGUGUACGAUAUUUCUGUGUCUGUUAGUGUUCCCCCUCUUCUUGUUCUCCCAUUCGCUCCCUCGCAGGUCUUGCUCUUCAAUGUGUCUCUCUGUGAAGUUUUUUCCUGUGAUGAAAAUGUAUCUCUCUGCCUGAACAUUAGUAGGGAAAUAAUGACUGAGUUACUACAAUAUCAUGUGAUAGACAUAAGCAUUUAUUCAAUACUGUAAUAAAUUAUUAACUGAAGAUGAUGUUUAAGUUUUCUUAUGAAAUGCAGAAAAAAGAUUCUUUGACAACAAAUGACAACUUGUUUUUGAGAACAUGGCAUGAGGUGUAAUGUGUUACCGAAAGAAAAUGAAGGUCUUUAAUUAAGUGAAAUUGACCUUAUUUGAAUAUAGUUUAUUUAUUUUCAAGGUG